UGCUUUUAAUGUGUCACAAGAAUAGAUCCAAUCCAAUUCCUUUCACGAGUCAAUCUCAUUUGGUGUUCAUAACAUAAACACAGGGUUGAACAAUCUGGUUUGAUCUGCAUUUGGCCAAAGAAGUUUGACCUUUUUUCAGGGAUUUAAUAAUCAGAAUAAGAAAGAGUCUCGAAUAAGAGUUUUUGUGAAGUCUUAGGAUGGGGACAGAACUCAUCAGGCAUCAUGUUAAAGAGGAGAUGGAUAUUCCUUCAAUUCCGCCAGGGUUUGAGUCGCUUACAGCGUUUUCUUUAAAACGAGUAGAGGAUAGUAAAGUUGCAUCUAGUAGUUCCGUGGCUGCAAGUGUGCCUGAACCACAGCCUGUCAAGAAGGAAGCAGGAUCCGAGCCUAGUGAUGAUGAAAAGAUUAAGAGGUUUGUUAGGCCUAGACCUUGGCUAAACUAUAACCGAGUUGAUAGCAGCUCAGAUGAUGAGUCUGAAUCUGAGCAGAAUCAUUCUUCAAGUGGUCGGAUCCCCAAGGGGGUUAUUCGUGGAUGUGAAGAUUGUAGUAACUGCCAAAAGGUCCUUGCAAGAUGGCAUCCAGAAGAAGCUCGAAAGCCUGAUCUUCUUGAUGCUCCUGUAUUUUAUCCAACUGAAGAGGAAUUUAAAGAUACUUUGAAGUUUAUUUCAAGUAUUCGCGAUAGAGCUGAAGAAUAUGGCAUUUGUCGUAUAGUACCACCGUCAUCAUGGAAACCUCCAUGCCCUCUUAAGGAACAAACUGUUUGGGAAAGUUCGGCUUUUGCAACUCGCAUCCAAAGGGUUGACAAACUUCAAAAUCGGGAUUCAUUGAACCCAAUUUUGAGGCCCAAUAGCCAUAAGAAAAGGAAGAAAAGAAGAUGCAUGAAACUAGGGACUGAUCAACAGACUCAUAUCUCAGACACUGCAGCUCCUGUUGACGUGAUGGUUCCUGAACCGUGUUUUGGGUUUGAACCUGGUCCAAUGUUCACACUGAAAGAAUUUCAAAAGUAUGCGGAUGAUUUCAGGACUCAGUAUUUUAGAAGGAAUGGAACGGCUACAGAUGCAUGCAGCAACCCCGGCAUCCAAGAUCAGUGGGAACCUUCUUUAGACAAUAUAGAGGGUGAAUAUUGGCGUAUGGUAGAGAGACCUACUGAAGAAAUCGAGGUCCUUUAUGGUGCCGACUUGGAAACUGGUACAUUUGGUAGUGGAUUUCCAAAACAAGCGUGCCAGGUGUCGGGAUCAGAUGAAAAGUAUGUUACAUCCGGUUGGAAUCUAAAUAACUUUCCAAGGCUUCCUGGGUCAUUACUCUCAUAUGAGAGUAGUGAUAUAUCUGGUGUUCUGGUACCUUGGUUGUACAUUGGAAUGUGUUUUUCCUCAUUUUGCUGGCAUGUUGAAGACCAUCACCUAUAUUCAAUGAAUUAUAUGCAUUUUGGUGCUUCAAAGAUGUGGUAUGGUGUACCUGGGAAAGAUGCCAUUAAGUUGGAGGCAGCUAUGAGAAAGCAUUUGCCUAAUCUUUUUGCUGAACAGCCCGACUUGCUUCACAAACUGGUCACACAACUCUCUCCGUCCAUAUUAAAAUCCGAAGGAGUUCCUGUUUUCCGCUGCAUUCAGAACCCAGGAGAGUUUAUUCUGACUUUUCCUCGAGCAUAUCAUUCAGGGUUCAACUGUGGCUUCAACUGUGCAGAGGCUGUGAAUGUAGCGCCUGUUGAUUGGUUGCCUCAUGGUCAUAAUGCCAUCGAGCUAUAUCGUGAGCAGGCCCGCAGAACUUCCAUUUCUCAUGAUAAAUUGUUGCUUGGAGCCGCAAGAGAUGCCGUGAAAGCUCAUUGGGAACUUAAUUUACUAAGAAAGAACACACCCGAUAACUUGAGAUGGAAAGAUGUAUGUGGGAAGGAUGGGAUCUUAUCUCAAACACUUAAGGCUCGUGUGGAAAUUGAGCGUGUGAGGAGAGACUUUCUUUGCAAUACAUCCCAGGCUUUAAAGAUGGAAGCGACCUUUGAUGCAACAGAUGAAAGAGAAUGCAGUGUUUGCUAUUUUGACUUACAUCUGUCGGCUGCAGGUUGCCACCAUUGUUCACCCGAUAAAUAUUCUUGCUUAAACCAUGCAAAACAGUUUUGUUCUUGUGCUUCUGGUGCGAAAUUUUUUCUUCUACGCUAUGACAUCAAAGAUUUAACUAUUUUGGUUGAAGCACUGGAAGGCAAAUUGAGUGCCAUCUACAGAUGGGCGAAAUUGGAUCUUGGACUGGCUCUAUCUUCCUAUGUAUCUAAAGAUAAACAAUCUUCUUCCAUUUUUGGAUCACCAUCUAAAGACCCGAGUUCGGUAGCAUCUGUUUCUUUACUGAAAGAUCAAAAUGGACAAGAAAAGAUCCGAGAAUUCUUGAAAUCAAAUGGGAUUUGUGACACGGGUUCAAAAUAUUCAAAGGAAUCAUCAUCACUUGGAUCUAUACAUAAAGACAUUAUACUGCUUAGUGAUGAUGAGGGCGGGAACUCAUCGGCACCACUUAAUACAGGCCACGGAGUUGAAGCUCAAGUGAAAAAAGAGGCUUGUGCGUCCAACCCUGAAAAUCUUUCCAUUCACAAUGUUUUGUCUAAUAAAUCACAGGACCUCAAAACUAUUAAAGGGACUGGUGAUGUAAAUGUGGAAAAUACAGGUGGUGCAUUGCAGCAAAUACCUAAACAAGAGGAUAAAGUGGUAAUUAUUGGAUUAUAUGCAAACUCAAAGACGGCGAAUAACACACAAACUGCAUUACGAGGUCCGGCUGCUACCCAAAAUAGACAGAAAGGUCCUCGAAUUGCAAAAGUGGUUCGAAGGAUAAACUGUCAUGUUGAGACUCUGGAGUAUGGUGUGGUCCAACCAGGAAAGUUAUGGUGUGAUAGUCGUGCCAUUUAUCCUAAAGGUUUUCGAAGUCGAGUCAAGUAUAUAAACGUUUUAGAUCCUACGGAUAUGUGCCACUACAUUUCUGAAAUUCUUGAUGCAGGAAAGAAUCAACCACUGUUUAUGGUUUCAUUGGAAGAUCAUCCAAGCGAAGUGUUCGUUCAUUUAUCACCCACAAAAUGUUGGGAAAUGGUUAGGGAGAGAGUUAAUAAUGAAAUCUCGAAGCAACAUAAGUUGAGGGUAUUAAAUCUUCCUCCUUUGCAGCCUCCUGGGAGUCUUGAUGGCAUGGAAAUGUUCGGUUUUUGCUCACCUGGCAUUUUACAGGGUAUUCAGCUGAUGGAUAGGAAUAGGCUAUGCACAGAGUACUGGGAAUCACGACCUUUUCACUCUCAAUCUCAUGAGAAUGCAUUGUUAAAGCUUCAAGAAUCAAACACUCCCAAUACCGACAAAAAUAAUGGUUUGACAACAGAUGCUAAUAAUACUAUCUCAGGUCUAUUCAAAAAGGCAAAUUUGGAGGAGCUAAACAUGUUUUUAAGUGUUUUGGGUAAUGAUGGUUUGACUGGCAAUCAACAAGGGGUAGCUAAACUUCUUAAUGAAGAGAUUCUUAAACGCACCAGAUGACAAUUAAUAAAGGCUUUUUUGUUAUUUUCACCCUGUAAAUCCUUUGAUCUCAAUUAGGUACCAGGACUAAUACAAUUUUGGUCUUUAUAUUCACCGAAUCUGCCUGUUCGUUUAGGGUUUUUUCGAAGUAGAGAGAAACUGAAUUGUUGAGAGUCAGUUUUUCGUCCCUCUCUCUCUUCCCUUUUUUUAGUGUUAUUUUAGUUUAACAUUCAUUUAUAUAGGUGAUAGAUGAAAUCGAGAUUCAACUUUUUGUGGUUGC